GCUAAAUCAGUCUACAACUUUCCUAAAGAACGUGAAGUUGAUGUUUCUUAUACAAAACUGUGUUUUUGAUAUAAAUAAAUGUACUUUUUGUGUAAAACACAAUAAUUGAGUAAACCCGGAUAAAUCUAAUGAUCAUCUAUAACCAAAUGUAACGAUUACAUAAUGGUCGAUCAACAACCAAAGGACACAGACGGCAUUCAAAAACGGAACACUGCGUCGCGUUAUGACCAUAUUUUACGUCUCCUGCUGCUUGGUGACCAUAACGUUGGAAAGACGGCUGUUUUGCAAGCGUUCCGACGUCAAAACCUAGGCAACUUCAGGGGACGUCGCCAUUCGCAACCGUUGCGACCUUAUGUAACGGUUGACAUAGAGAUGAGCAGGGGAAAGCGUAACAUCAUGAUAAAGGCGGUUGACUCAGGUGAACGGCUUAUAUAUCCUAUGUUUGAGUCAAUUCAGCAUUACGUCUUCCUUUACAAAUGUUUGGACAUUCCGGGAACAUGUUUAGAUAGCAACUCUUAUUCUGUCGAAAUGGUUCUUUUAAGAAAGGGCAACGGAACUAUGAAGUUUGUUCGAGGCAGCGUUGUCCACCCCACGGAAUUAAAAGAAAAGCAUUACUUUAACCACCGCAAUGAAACGUAUAAGAAACAAGAAGCAAUACAAGAAGCUCAAGCCGACUAUUAUCUGAAAGUGGUUCUGCUGGGUGAUGUAGGUGUUGGAAAAACGCGACUGGCCAAUGACUACAGUUCUAUUUACAAGAAACCUAAAUCUGAGAGACGAAUCAUAGAACGCGAAAAAAGAACUGUUGAGUGUGUUAACAGAGUUUUGAAUGUCAGGAAUCUGUCGGUACUUCUUAGGUUAUAUGAUACUGCUGGUCAAGAGAAGUUCCGCAGUUUAACUGCCUCAUACUACAGGGGAGCGCACGGGUGUCUCGUGCUCUUCGAUGUCACCAAAGAAACUACAUUUAACAAUGUUCCAUAUUGGAUACAUGAUCUGAGGGAAUACUCGACCCAACCUGACAUCUGUACUAUUCUGGUGGGAACCAAAAGUCACGUGCCACAGGAAGAACGGGAAGUGACUUAUGAGCGCGCGCAGAAAUAUGCGGAAAGCGUCGAAUUACCUUAUAUGGAAGUAAGCUCAGAAGAAGGAAUAAGUGUGACAGAAGUGUUUGAAAAACUUGCAGAUGUUAUCAUUGAAACGCUUACUAAAGACAAAGAAAAUAGCAGUGAUGUGGCUCAGCAUCCAAAUAAAGUCAUACUUGGAAUUGAGGCUCAAAAGCAGAAGAAAACAUUCUCUUGUUCAUGCUGAAUCUUAAAAUUAUAAAACCUGUAUACUUAUCGCAACAAAGACAUGAACCUUGCCGUUGUAAGUGUGUACACAUAUUCAAGCAAAGACAUUAACCUUACCAUCAACUAUGUGAACCAACAUUAAAAUUCAGUAGCACGCUCAGUCGUGACUCUAUCUUUUUUAUUUGUGGCAUGUUGUGACAGACACAUAAAAAUACAGGUGCAAGUAUUUUGGAAUUUCAACUGCAUGCUUGAACAUGUUCGAUUACAUCUGAACUUCUUUGAUCUCAUUUUGUAUAUAUACUCUUUUCUUGUGUUGCAUAAGCGAUGCUUACUGGUAUCAUUAGAAAUUAGAACACACAUAACCAAACAAUGUGUAAGAACAUGUGCGUCUAUCUAGAUUGUUACAAAGUGUUAAACAACGGUCGAGUGAGCCUGUACGUUGACCUUUUGAACUGUAUAACUAAUUAGGAUUUAUCUAUUGUAAUAGACCUUAGUGGUCAAUAUUUAUUUUCCAUUGAGAAGGUAGUAUACUUCAAUUUGCCAACACAUUAAUAUCAGUAAAUCAGCAGUCAGUCGUUAUAAAUUUUAAUCAGGUGAACCGGUAGAUAAUAACAGUGGCUGGCCCACUUCGUUGUUUGUUUACACAAUCGUAUGUAGACCACUAAAAUGUUAAAGGCUGUUUAAAACCAUUUAUAUCUAUAAGUACGUACUAUUAACUUUUAACUAUUACCUAUUGAUAUCUAAUUGUACUUUAUUAGUAUAUAUGUACGAUGUCUUCUUGGUUAAGUUAUAUUUUAAGAUAUCAAAGAAGAGUUGAGAUUUCGGUAAAAAGUGUGAGAUUUGUUUGAAAUUCAACUCUUCAACACUACAUUCUGAACGUAACAAUCUUGGAAAAAAAUGUUUGUUUUAGAUGUACCAAUUUCUUUUCAUAAUAUUGAUUGAUCUUACAGCAAUACUUUAUUUAGUAAAAUAAGCUUAUCUUAAAUCUCGUAUAUAUAUAUAUAUAUAUUGAUUACUAAUAUAUAUUUAUAUGAUUGUGUGACUUCGUCAGCGAGAAAAAAGAACUGCUGAGGUAAAAGUUCUUUUUGCAAAAUAAUGUGCCUCAUAAGAAGGAAAUUUGUGCUUUAUUCAUAACUUCUUUUUUUAAAUAUAAUUCAUUUUUCAUAACCCUUUAUUUAUUUUAAAUAGUAAUGUGAAUAUCUCCACAUGAUACAUUUCACACGAGGUCACCAUAUAUGUACAAAGUAUUGUAAACAACCCAAUUUGAACUUGGAUUGGUUAAAUUACAAUGUUAUCUUCUUAACCUAAUACUUGAUAUAAGGAAGAAAUUGUAACAUUCAUGAUAUAACUAGGCCUAUCACAGGAGCGAUGGAAACGUCCACACGUCGCCUGAUCCCCCAAUUAAAUGUAUUGUUCCAGGCAUAGAACAUAAUUCAAAAUAAUGUUUUAUCAUUAUUGAAAAAAGUAAUUAUCAUUGGCUUAAAGAUACUCGCUCAUGUUUUGGACCAAAACGAAUUUGCGUCUGAAAACACUUAUUUUAUAAUUAUUUUACUGUUGGAUACCAAAAUUGCAGAAAAUGCAGUCGAACCACGUUGGCUCGAACUCGCUUGGCUUGAAUUCCUCGUUGGCUCGAACUCGCUUGGCUUGAAUUCCUCGUUGGCUCGAACUCGCUUGGCUUGAAUUCCUCGUUGGCUCGAACUAGAUAUAGAGGACCGAUUUCUUUAUACUUAAGGUUAACAAUCCCGGUUGGCUCGAACUAGAUGUAGAGGACCGAUUUCUUUAUACUUAAGGUUAACAAUCCCGGUUGGCUCGAAUUUUCGGAGGCUCGAGGUAUUUUCGCCGGGAGUUCGACCCAACGGGGUUCGACUGUAUACAAUUAGAGUAUAAAAAUAUUUUGGUUUUAGUGGGAAGCAAACCUACACAGUUAAAAAAAUUUUUAAGAAAAACCGAAGCCUUAAAAACACAAUCAUAAAGACUUAUACAUAAGAUUGAUAUUUUAACCUUUAUCGGAUACUUUGGUAACAUCACGUGAUAAUGUGAUCAACCAUUCAUGCAAAAACGUUUUGGCGAAUCGCGUUGCCAACGAUUUUUUUUUUAAAUUAUGGUCUUCAAAGACAAUAUUUGAGCAAAAAUCAGCAUUUGUUGAAGGGUUCCAGCUUUCAGUAUACCAGUUUUAAUACUUAGAAUGAUUUGCCUCACAUUAUUUCGUAAUGUUAUUUUGUUAAAAGUGCAUUUUUCAAACCAUGAGUGAGUCCCAUUCAGGGCAUGCAAACACAAUUGUUUACCUUUUAAUAUUAAAGUAAUAACAUUCCUAACUUUGUUGGUGUAGCUACUUGUAGGCAUUGAUAAUACCUCUCAAUUAGUGAGAAUAUUGUUUAAAAAGAUGCAUUAUAAUGUUGUAGGCUAUAACAUAGACCAACACGAAUAUAAUUUUGUCUAUAUUGGUUAUAAAUGAUAAAAAAAUAAUCUAACAUAAGAUACCGAAAAUCAAAAUACAAUAAUAUUUUGAAAUGUUUAUAUAAUGUUUUUCUUGUUUUGUAUCGAUUUGUAUUUUGUACAAUAUGUAUAAAAUUGAUGUGUUAUGAGCAAAAUAAACGGAUUGUCAGAUUUGACACAUCCAAAGAG